AUGGAUCUGAAAAGCCUUAGAGAAGAAUUUGAUCGAGUUGCCAAGAACCAAGAACUUUCCACGACUAAAUACCACCAACUGAUUGAUAAGAUUGAAGAUGAAAUUAAUAGCGCAAUCACCGACCUUCAAUCUGCAGCGGACGACACCUCCUCUAUCGAUCAUAAAUCAGUGAUCAAUCACCUGAUAGACAAGCUCGCUGCAUAUAGUGUAAAAGAACAGUUCAAGAUGAUGAAGAAGGACCUACAAGUUGAUCUUGAAAACUACCCAAAAAUCUUGGGCAAAUUCUUUGAGACAGAUAUAUCAAAAGCAUACAUAAACGUGGAGUUUGACUCGCAAAUAGUCAACCAGAUGAUUCUAAACCUACUUUACCAUGAACGUCGCUUUGAUGUCGCAGAUAUUUUGUUAAACGAAUCUCAAGAACCCGAUAUUUUUCGGGUAAGAAGUAAAUAUUCAGAAAUGCAUGAGAUUCUUGACGCAUUGAAAGCUAGAAAUCUGGAACCUGCUCUGAGUUGGAUGUGUGUUAACCGUCAGAAACUUCACCAGGCUGGGUCAAAGCUUGAGUUUGAUCUCCGGCGACUUCAAUUCUUGGAGAUUUUUAAAGCAAACCGAUCGGAGGCAAACAACUUUGCCCAAACUCACCUUUCCCCAUUUGCUUCAAUUCGCAGUAAUGAGUUUUUACAAAUCACGGGCUGCUUAUUAUGGCCGGGAGAUCUCGAAGCUUCACCAUAUUCCGACUUACUAUCGCCGGAAAAAUGGACGGAGGUGAGCCAAGAGCUGAUGGUCCAAUUCUAUAGUUCUAUGGGGAUGUCCUUGAAGAACCAUUUGGCGGUGACUGUGGAGGCCGGAGCUCAAGGGCUGCCGACCUUUUUGGAGUUUGCUAAUCUGGCGAUGAUCAGUAGGGAGGAAUGGGCGGCAAUGAAGGAGCCUCCGGUGGAUGUGGAGUUGGGAAGAGAGUUUCAGUUUCAUUCGGUUUUUGUUUGUCCGGUGACCUGGGAACAAAGCGAUAAAAAGAAUCCGGCGGUGAUGUUGCCUUGUGGUCAUGUUUUUAGUUGGCGAUUCAUUAGGAAUGUGUCGAACCAAUGGAGACAGGUGUUUAAAUGUCCGACUUGUUCUGUUCUUGAUGUGUCGGCUGCUCAGUGCCGGCAAUUGUUUUUGUGA